AUGAAGUUGAUAAGCCAAGUAAAGGGCACAAAUAACUCUAAUGGGGCAAUUCUAACCUUAUUGCCUCAAGAUAAAGAGGAUCUUUUUACUCUUUAUAACAUCAUUAAUACUGAUGACGAAGUUAUCUUCAAGAAAAUGAUUACUUCAAAAGCAGAUGAAUCGAGCAAGAAAACCACUGACCUUGUAAGAUUGCGCUUAAAAAUCAUUUCAUCCGAUUUUGAGCCGCAGCAUGAAUUUUUAAGGUAUAAAGGUGUCACUACGGUUGACGACUCUGGUAAAGCUAACAUCGAUGUUCCAAUUGGGAAAUUCUUCAGCUUCACUGUGGACUACAAGUAUCCCUUUACAUUGAUUAAAGAAGAUUUCAAUUCUUAUGUUUCUAAACUAUUGAAUGACUCUUGUAAUGUUGAGGGUCGUUCGGAUAUUGCAGCAGUUGUUCUUCAAGAGGGUAUCUCUCAUAUAUGCCUUUUGAGUUCUUUCACUACCAUUUUAAAAAACAAAGUUGAGUACAGUCUGCCAAAGAAAAAAAGGUCUACCGAUAUAGCCAAAUUUGAUGAAAAGACUGAGAAGUUUUACAAGGCGACUUAUAAUUCAAUGAAGAGACACUUCGAUUUUGAUAAACUAAAACUGAUUAUCUUAUGUUCUCCGGGGUUUUAUGCUAAAACAUUAUUUGAAAAAGUUCUGGAAUACGCACAAGCAGAACAAGAGAAAACUAUUUUGAACAACAGAUCGAAAUUUUUAGUUGCGCAUUGUUCAACAGGCUAUUUGCAAGGGAUAGAUGAGGUCUUAAAAAACCCAGCAUACGCGUCGAAGUUACAAGAUGCGAAGAAUUCAAAGGAAGCACUUGUUAUGGAUACUUUCCUGACACAUUUGAAUGAAGAUGAUUACAAGGCAUGGUACGGUGAAGCUGAAGUAACCAAAGCUUCCGCUAUGGGGGCAAUCGACACUCUACUAAUCACAGAUAGUUUAUUGCGCGCAGAUGAUGUCAAUAUUCGCAAAAAAUCAUUAGAGCUAGUAAAAGAAGUCGAGGCGACGGGCGGAAAAGUCUUUGUUUUUAGUUCUUUGCACAAUUCAGGUGAGGAACUUGAAAAGUUGACGGGUUUGGCAUGCAUCCUGAAAUUUCCUGUACCUGAUCUUGAUGAGGAUGAGGAUGAAUAA